CUGGCAGAAUCUAAUGCAGUAUCAGAAUGGAGCCCAGGAGACACAUCUGAACGCGGCAUCAAAGAACAAGACUUCCGUAAUAAUUAACUGGGUACACAUGACGUAAUGGUGCUGCCCUUCCUUGUCCCACCUACAUGUCGUCUGGUGUCCUUGUCUUGCACGCCACAGCAGAGAUGCUGUCGCUGCAUUAUGCUCAGUUUCUUCUGACAACUUCCCAAUGCGUUCACCCGCAGCAUAUUUGUGCACGUGUGAGAGAGAAAAAAUAAAAGGUCUCGUGGAAUGAUAUAGUCGAUGCUCCUUGCAUCUUCGGUGGACAUUUGCAUGAUUAGCCAUUGUGCGUGAGUGUCAACCUUCAAGGAACAAGUUCCAGAAGAGAGGUACAUGAACAAUGAUUGCGCCAAGCAAGCACAUUGACAAGACAGAGAAGCUUACGUACACGCUGCGAGCGGCACGUGUGUUCAGUGUGCGCUAUAAACAGCUCUUGUGGUAUCACGCACAUGGUGGCUCGUUCAGCCGGUAUUCCCUGUGACAGUGCUGGUGUCCGAGAGCGUCUAGUUUCAUCCGGACUCCCUCGCGUCAUUCCCCUUCCAGUACUUCGGGGGUUGCCUCCUUGCUGAACAACUAGCUUUGCCGGCCUCGUACAGUAUAGGAACGGGUUGUGUGCGCACAUUAUUUCCGUGUAUAACUCCGGAAACCAGGGCUAGAAAGUGGACUGAAGUUACAGAUGACCUGAAAUUGUAAUUGAUCUCAGCAAGCGCGUACGCUGAUGCAGUAUUGUGGAUGUGUCAAAAAAGCUUAUUUACUCCAAAUGACAGUAUUGUAGGUAUUUCCGUUCUAUUUGUAUCUCUGUACGACUGGCGGUCCUGUGCGAUUCAACACACCUGCUGUCACUAAAAUAAGUUGUGCUGUUUGCGUCUUGGCCACCUCUGUAUAACCUUUGGAAUGCACAAACCAUUCGUGCCCACUUCGAAAAAUGGAGCGGCCAUGAAGCUGAGGCUACCACGUGUUCGCUAGAAGCCGUGUGUCUUGGACGUCUAUCCCACGUGCCAGUGGACGUGUCAUCCUCAUUCGUCACUGAAGCUUUAGAAAGUUGGAGAUUACCUUUUCAAAACGUGCCACUCGGUCCCAUCGCCCAGCCACAGUGAAAGGUUCAAAGGAGACUGAGAGCGUGAGUGCACACUCUGGCGAUAGUCGUAACAGUAAUUCCUGUUCUGUCAACGCUGGCUGAAUCGCAGAAUGAAAGUGAUAAUGCUCCAGGAAGUGAACAGCAGAGUGUUUGACCUUUUGUCGCUGUAAUUCCUUAAUCUUGGCGACCCGGUCUUGUUCUAUUUCAGUGCGGACUCGCCCAAGCAAGCUUCACCUGAGUAAAUAUUUCUCUGAAAAUUAUCAUCACUAGAUACAGGCUACGAGUGUCUACCAGCAUUUGCUACUUCUAUUCACUCACAUUCCCACCGCCAGCAACUGUUGAUGUAGAACCUCUCAUAUGCCGCGGUUCUGAACGUCAGGUAGACAAACUUCGUCGCCACAGGCUGUGGAAUUCGCUGAAGCGAAGGACUCUCUUGUGUCGCCCCGAAAGCACUCAGCGAGUCCCGUAGUUCGCUGAUGUCUGCCUGAAACAUCGCGACCGAGCAGCUUGACUGGUCUCAAUGGGAAUAGCCCUGGUUGAUCGGCUGUAGUCUACGGUCGUUUUCCGGUGUCAGCGGAACGAAAAGCUAGUCUUCAUGAAGCUGCCUGCCUCUUCUGCAGAUGACAGACCGUGUGUCGAAGUCAUUGGUCCUGUAGGUAUUUAUAUUAAAAUUUCUGUGCAUGUUAUGUUGAUGUCGCUUUGUAAGGGCGAGAUUCCUGGGCCUUCUCCCGUUCGUUGACGGCUGCAUUGUUAUCAGACGACCCUACUCGUAACGUAAGAAGCCUCUUGGGUGUCCUCCACCAUUCUAAGUUCACGUGUUGUUUCUCAUGGACAAGUGGCACUGAACCGAACAGCGGAAGCGCUUCGCAACCGCGGCACGCAGGGUGCCAAAGGGUGUCGCGUCCAACGCACAAAUGGACUACGGCCAACCAGGAGACUCGAACGCGGCCGUCCUACAAAUGAUCUGUUUCCCCAGUAGAUGUGUCCGAAUUGAUGUCAAAGCUUUUUCUGCGGGUUGCGAUAUUUUCUCCCGCACACAUAAUGCCCCCUUUGCAUGCGUGCAGCGAAGUCUCACGUAAUUCCUGGCAUGCCAGUGGCCGCAUUUGUCCCCCAAGUCUCCCCGUAUUUAUAUCGGCAUGUGUAAUCUAUGUAGGCGUCCCAUCUUUUUUUGGUUUCCACGGGACGCAGGAAACUGGUUUUAAUUUUUCGAUCGCCGUUUUUUUCCGCCACCAAACAAAAGAUCAACCAUUGCCUGAGCGUCACAGUGUGUUUCAUGUUAACCGCGUUGCCGUGGUUUCAGUCGACUUAGACCAACUUGCGACGUCUCUCGUGUUUGUAUACGAAACUCAGACGUCGAAAGAGUGCUUUACUCUAUACUACCACUAUAUGAAAUGUAAAACAUAUCGAUGUCGCCCCAGCUUGACGUCUUCCGGGUGCCCAGAGUGUCUUGAUUUUCCUCAGGUCACCGGAGACCCGGCAGGACUCGCGAUGUUCGAUUGUCAGAGACAUCGACGCUGCUUGCCCAACCAGAGAAAAAAACGACUACCCCAUUAUCGAUUUCCGUUCUUCAUUUCACAUGUUGAAGCACGGAUCUCCGAUCGCACAACCGAGACGAAGUAGUCGAGUGAGAUUGCCUCGGUACAGAGCCAGGCGGUAUAAGAUGGACAGCACAAGAUCCUCCAUGUCAAAUGAGGCCGGGCUGGGACAAGCAGUGUCACAUCAGUCUACGGUCUCGUCCUCCAAGAACCCUGUCUUUGGAGGUGAGUUCUUCUGCCUUGCCAAUCCCAGUGCUACCGCAGCUGUGUUCAAGGCCUCUAGGUGCGCUCGGUGUUACGGGCCCCGCCUCUCUGAACAAGGUCCGUUUCCCCGAGAAGAAGCACGCUCUGUUCGGCAUGUGCGGCCCCCAGGCAAUCCAUGUGGCGCAGACUCGCAGCCAAGAUGUCGGCUGCCCAGAAGAGAAGCACCUCGCGGUUCGCGCGGCGAUCCCGGAUCUCCUUCAGGAGGGCAGAAGUCGGCGCCCGGCAAAAACGUCAGAUCUAAUUCCGAUAGUUGGCCUGAUUCCCGAAAUCGCUUGCCUGACAGCCAACCCACCUCGGCCUCCGAGCGGGACACAGGUAGUCCUCCUCUCUACGGCUGCCUUUGUCCCCGGUCCAAGAGGCUGGGGCGGGCAUCGGGACGUGCCCAUUUCUACGCGAGUGAAUGGCGCGGGGGUCGACGCGUUUUCCGGGCGUCUAUUGAGCCGGUUGGAGCGCUCGGUAACAAGUCGUCAGCAACCCCGCGGAAGGGAAUCCGCGUCUGUGGAAUGGAACUAAGGCUAAACACUCCACAUUGCCCACCUCCUGGAUGUGCGCUACUCCUUGGAGUCUUGCUGCUGGCGGCAAGUCUUCUCGCGGUCCUAUUUCCAUCCGAUCAGGUGUCGAGGCACAUCGGGAAAUUCUCCUUUCUGAAUGCCAUUUCCGCGACUGAGCUGCCGCAGUGCCUGAAGCUUGCUUUCAGCACGAGUCUCGGCCCUCAUCCUGCCUGGCGUGCCGUUGCCAGCGCUGUCUUCCCACUUUGUGGGUUGGCUGCAGGUGUCGCCGUGGUGUUCUUUCUGUUUAGAAGACCGUACAUCGUAGAACAGUCGCUUGAAAUCGUCGCUAACUUCGGGGUGCAACUGCAGCAGAAAACCCGCUGGGGCGGCAUCAAACGCCAGUUCAUCGAUGCGUCCCAAGUCUCUGAUGUCAUUAUCAACGAGGGAUUCAGGGCAUGUGACGUUGUAUUCUAUGUCGCUCUGCUUGUCAAGGAUCAACCAAGUAUGGUGGUACCAUUCCAACAUUUCCCACUGCCGCUGGAGGAAAAUCUGGUCAUUUAUGAAACCCUGCAUCAUCUUUUGCAUAUCUCUAGCGGAGUUCGCCGUGCAUAAGAUCCGGACACUGACCCAUCGAAACUGUUUAGUUCACAGUCACGGGUGUCACGCCACCUCUUCUUUGAGGCGAAUGCGUGGAGACGCGUGUAUGAUUCGAUGGACUUGUGAAAAUUUCUUUUCUUCACUUUGUUUUUCGCCCCGUACAACGCUGCGAAGCUUCCGUAGAUCUCAACGGUAGUAGGAGACUACAACCGCUGCAAGGUAGCAUACAGAAAAACAAAUGUAACAGGAUCCCAUGGCCGACUUGAGGACACGCCGCUUCCACCACGUUGGGAACGAAAGACUUUUCUUACU